CCCACGCUGCGACGUGAUGAAAGGCCUGAACUGUUAACCGUUAUAAAACGAAUCCCUAUGAAUAUGUCUAGGCAGGGAUAUUUACUGAGCAUGACUGUAAGAAAAUGUGAAUCGGUGAAACGUGGAGUCGGUCUGAGACGAGCAAUUGGCUGGAGCCACGGGGGCGGUGUCGAGGCGCUCGCCUGCGAGGCAUCGCGGGACGCUGGCCGCGGUUAAUGAGAGAGGGUCCCUUUGCUAGCCGGAGGGGAUCGCGGUUGCUGGGAGCGCUAGCGGGGCUCCGGGACCGGGGGGCUGAUCUGUGACGUACAGAAGGACAGAUGCCCACUGUGGCCAUGACGAGCACAAGCGGAACGUCCCCCCUUUUCUUUAAGGCUCCAGUUAGUUUGAUUCAGCCAUGCCAACUGUACAACUGUAAAAUAAAUCAUCUAUCACUCGGCAGCCGGUGAAAAGCCGACGCCUCGCCGCGAUGGGAAUGCACAACGCACGGCGCACGUAAAGGAUUUUUUUUUGGUUGUUGUUGUUUACCACACCCGGAAAUCGGAUCAUAAAUAAACCGACAAAGCGAAUGUCCUGCGACACGCGAGGAGGAACACCAUAGGGACCAGGCAAGAUGAACGGGGGAGGGGAACAGCCGGACAUCCUCAGCACGCCCAUGCUGGUCAAGGAGCGAUGGAAAGUGCUGAAGAAGAUCGGGGGUGGUGGCUUUGGGGAGAUCUACGAGGCCGUGGACCUGCUGCUGCACAUGAGCGUGGCGCUGAAGGUGGAGUCGGCCAAGCAGCCCAAGCAGGUCCUGAAGAUGGAGGUGGCCGUGCUGAAGAAGCUGCAAGGUAAGGACCACGUGUGCCGCUUUGUGGGUUGCGGCCGUAACGACCGCUUCAGCUACGUGGUUAUGGAGCUGCAGGGCCGGAACUUGGCGGACCUGAGGCGCAGCAUGGCCCGUGGGACCUUCACCGUUAGCACCACCCUGCGGCUCGGGCGGCAGAUGCUGGAGGCCAUCGAGAGUAUCCACUCCGUGGGCUUCCUGCACCGGGACAUCAAGCCGUCCAACUUCGCCAUGGGCCGAUUCUGCAGCACCUUCCGGACCUGCUACAUGCUGGACUUUGGGUUGGCGCGUCAGUUCACAAACUCCUGCCAGGAAGUUCGGCCUCCUCGUUCCAUUGCUGGCUUCCGGGGUACCGUACGUUACGCCUCUGUCAAUGCCCACAAGAACAAGGAGAUGGGUCGCCAUGAUGACCUCUGGUCACUCUUCUACAUGCUGGUGGAGUUCCUGGUUGGCCAGCUGCCCUGGCGGAAGCUGAAAGACAAGGAACAGGUGGGGAAGAUGAAGGAGGUAUACGACCAUAGCCUCAUGCUGAAGCACCUACCGCCGGAGUUCAACGUCUUCCUGGAUCACAUCAGCGGGCUGGACUAUUACACCAAGCCUGACUACCAGCUACUGAUGUCAGUCUUCGAGAACAGCAUGAAGGCGGCCGACAUCCUGGAGAACGACCCAUUUGAUUGGGAGAAAGGCGACGGCACCCUGGCCAUCAACGCCUUGGGGCCGAGCCCCCAGCAGCACACCCGCUUCACACCCGCGCACUUGGGCAUGGCCAACGCCUCCUUGGUCCCGGGCGACCUCCAGCGGGAGAACACGGAGGAGGUACUGCAGGAUGAGCAACUCAGCGAUGGGGACAACCAUGGCGUCCCAGAGCGCUCAACGCCACGCCCACAGGAGGCUGACGUCUGGGAGGAAUUCGACCGCAACCGCGCCCGCAUCCGACUGGGCAUCUGUAAGAUGACCACCGACGAGGAGCACACACAGAGCCCGGGCCCCCAGAGUCCGUGUGCGGGGCCCAUACCGGGGUCUCCGCUGCGUGUCCGCUCCGAGGCACUGCCCCCGGACCGCGAGGCCCCUUUGCUAAGAAAACUGCGCAACAUUCACAGCUUCGAGCUGGAGAAGAGACUGACACUGGAGCCCAAGCCCAGCACCGAGCGCUUCCUGGAGGCCUACUUAAUCAAGCAGUUCGGCAGCUCCCUGCAGAUGAAAGAGAACAAAGCAGGGAUGGCGUCAGGGCCUCCCAGUGUUGAACGAGAGGAGCAGGCCGGGAAACCAAGCGAGGAGCCCACCCAGGGCACGGGCUCCCCGGAGCGGGGGGAGGGUGUGGUCAGCAGUGGCUUCGUGGCCGUCCACCUGAGCUCGGACCGGCAGGACCCGGCCUCACCGGACUGGGUGAUGGUGGACCGUGAGCAGGAACUGCGUGACUACCAGGGCGGUGGCAAGGCCCCCAGGAGCCCCUCCGAGGAGGAGCCGGAGGUGCUGAGGGUAGAGGGGCCGGCGGGAGGAGAGGAUCCAGGGGAAGGCCUGAAACUUAAGGCAGAACCAUCUGGAAUACCUCCCCCCAGCACCAGAACUGACUCAGCUGAACCUGAGGGGACUUCUGUGCAGCCCCUCCCUGAGGAGCCCGCGAGUCAGACCUCGAGUCCCCAGCUCCUCCGCUCCCCAAGCCCCCACACCGUGCCAACCACCCUGUCAGACCCCCUGCACCGCAGCCAGUAUGCAGAGCAGCGCCCCCUGUCUGUGCACCGCAGGCUGCCAGCCAUCCCCGCGGGGGCAGCCAAUGCCAAGUUCCCCUCCGUCAUCCGCAUCACCCGUGCCCAGCUGCAACAGCUGACAGCACCCAACCCCCCCACGCCAUCCUCCCAGUGUGCCUCCGACAGCGCCCCACAGGACCCCCUGGUGGAGAAGUGUGACGAUGCCGUCCCAUCCCCGGGCGGAGCCCCUGAUGCCACUCGCCCCCCUAGCCGUCCCGGCAGCCCUCCCCCACCUCAGAGCGAUCAGAUUCCUGAUGGAGAAUCUGCCAAGAAAGAUGCCAGUCCUGUGCCAAGCCCGCGAGCAUCGGCGCGGUCCCCCCUGUCCCCCAAAUCACCCUUCAGCCCUGCCAUCCCCAAUGGGCAGAUCUCGCCCCCCGGAGAGCCUCAGAGUGGUAACAUCGCCAUGGCCAUUGCUGAACCAGAGGAGCCCAUGACCGAUCCAGGGCCUCUUGAAGAUGCACCAAGCCAGCUCCCCCCAGAGGAGGUGGAUGGAGACGUGGAGGAGAGCGCCGACAUGACAGGCGCAUCCCCCGCCCCACGACGAGAUCCCACCCAUCGGCUGAGCCGCAUCCCCGUCCUCGAACCUGGCUCCCUGUCAGGGUCUCCCUCUGCCAAAGAGAAGCUGCUGCAUAAGAAGGGGCACCCCGUCCCCGCCUCGCUCUCAUGCGACCUGCGGGUGCCCCUCCUGUCGGACCGCUCCCAGGAUGACGAGUCCCACCCUGGUGAGGAGGCUCCGUCGCUGUCCUCCUCGUGUGGCCUGCAGCCUCGUAAGAGCAGAAUUCCCCGGCCCGUUCCCCCGGAGCCACCGCUGCAGCUGACGACCGGCCAAUUCCUGCCACGCCCACCCCCGGGAAAGCCGCCAAGCCGCUCUGCUGCAGACACCAGGCUUCGCCGCUACCGGGUCCGCGCUAGCAGUGCCAGCGAUGCUGAUAUUCUCAGCUGCCUAGCCCAGCUGGUGCAUGGCGGCGGGGGCAUUCCCAGGGUGCGGGGCCCCGCCCUCGUGAGGGCGUCAUCACAUGGGGCUCCGCCCCCCGCCCACCGGAGCUCCAGCGCCUCCCCUCGCAGCUGCUCAUCUUUCCAGCGCUCCAUCAGCUCCUCCCCCUCCCGGCUUGAACACUGCGGCGGGAGCACGUGCGCGAGCCGCUCGCCACCCAGUCUUUCGGGGUCACCCCCGCCUCGCUGCCCUAGCUCCUUCCAACCACCCCGGGGCAAAGGCUGCAGCCGUGAGGGCAAGUGCUCCGCAAAACUGAGCAGAUAGUCCUCAGAGCCCGAAUCCUGACCAUGUGCUCUGUCUGCAGUGCUGUCAUAACGGGCUGGGCUGUGUGGCAUAAGUGAACAACCCCAUGCUACACACACACACACACACACACUUCUCACACUACAGAUGGUUGCUCCCUUGCGCUCUCCUCCCUCUCACCUUUACAUAUUUAAUAACUUAUUUAUUCAGCUUUGUUAGAUCAGAUUAUAGGUCAUUAUUCUUACCCCCCCAGACAUGAGAACAGAUUCUUGGUCCUCAUUGGCAGAACUGUGUACCUCCCACUUCCUGUGUACUGCCUUCUCAUUGGACAACUGGGCCUGGUUCCCCGCCCCCUUGCCAUAUGCCACUCACGGGCCCUGCUGUGUGUCCCACCUGCGCUCUGGUCACAGUGGCUUUAUUUCCAGCUUCAAAGUCAGACAGCUGUCCAGCAGAUCAUUGGGCUUAUAUGCCAGUGGUUGUUGGUUUGAAUCCCAAGGCGUGGGGUUCUGCUGUAAUAACCUUGGCCCUGAUUUCCUGAUCCAGGUGCCCAGCUGGAAAUAUAGGUAAAUGUUUGGGGUGAGUCUGGGAGGCCCUAGAGAAGAGAAGGUUUGUGACCCAACUCAGAAUCUCAUGUCAUUCUGACUGUAACUAAGCUCUAGUUUGGGGUGUAGAUGCAUUUAUUUGAGUGUUUCUCAAUUUAUGGUAAUUUUCUGCCAGUUGCAUACAUAUUUAUUUUACUUCCAGGGGGUGUAAUGCACCGGGUUCAGUCUUGACACACCUUUGACAUGACCAGCUAGGGUAAUGCUCUUUUGAACACAACACCCCCCCCCCCCCCAAAAGCAUGUAGCUGGACUGAGGGCCCAUCAUGAAGAGGUGGUGUUUCUCCUUAUGGCCUCUAGAGUGCAUCACUGAGUGCAUAGAGACAGAAGGGUAUUAGCCCCUGUGCUAAGUCCCUGUGCGCUACUUGCUUGUACUGACACUACAUGCAUGUGACUGGUAGCAGACCCAGCCGGGCGAUGCAGUGCUGCAGUCCACACUCCUGCUUUUCAAAGGCUGUUUAAAACCUUCACCGCAACACUACAAGAAAGUAUUCCAUUUGGAAAAGAAAAUGCAACCGUGCAGAUUUCACUCUACAUUUUUAUUUUUUUUCGGGGGGGGAGGCGUUGUUUUUUGUACUUGUAUUAAUCGGUGGGUUAAAAACAAAUGAAAUUCUUGUAAUAUUUAAUUGUAUUAUUUAGUAUUAAGUGCUGCCUCAGACAACCAGCCUUGACUGAAACCCAUGACCUGAGCGAAAACGCUUCUUAGUGUCUUAGCGCUGGCCUACAAUCCCCCCCACGGUACACUCGCUCUAACUGUUGGUGAAGGUAACCUUUUGCUUUAACAGUAAGAGCCCUGUACUCCAUCGGUCGGGUGUUACCCGUAUGCCAAAAUCUCGAGCGUUACUCGCCGGAGACGGACGUCGUGGGGAGUUUCGAAUCCAGCCGCGAUUAACCAGCUGACUGGCGCCUCUUCUCCGUCCUGCUUCCUAAGCUGCUAUAGAUGGAAAUCUAACAGGCACUCCUGCAUGCACUAGCGAGCGUCUGCAUCCGCCCCGACGCACUGCACCCUUUGUGAGAUGUGCCGUAAUCCCAAACCCGCAGCUAUAGGCAGUCUGUCGCCUGACUGCUAUGUAUAAUAUCCUUAACCACCCCCCCCCCCCGCGCCCCCCGCUGUUAAACUAUGCCUGUGACUCCCAUCAUGCAACGUGCCGCAUGAUGUAACGCCAUCUACUCUAUGUCAGCAGGAAAAUAUCUCAUGUGCUUGACUGACUCCGCAAACAUAGGCACUGUCUAUUAUGCAUAUAUGAAUGCAUAAUCCACCAUAUCUGGUACAUUUUGCAUGCCAGGACUAAUAAAAAAGAGGAAUAUGUGAAA